AUUUUCGUUAGUUUAUUUAAUCCUUGUUGGUUAAAAAGAUUUUACCAAAUCACAAUUCUUUCGCCGCAUCAGCAUUGAUGUAUGAAUAGUUUUAAUAAAGUAAACAUUAACGAUGAAAAUGGAAAUAAAAAGUACCUUAGGAAAUAUUUUUUUAUAUUUUAUGCUAUUUUUAUUAGCAUUAGUUUACAGAGUAGAAGGAAACAAAUCUAGAUAUGUAACCUGCGGAUCUCUUAUAAAAUUGAUGAAUUAUGAUUAUAGCUAUAGACUUCAUUCCCACGAUGUUAAAUAUGGUUCAGGGUCUGGCCAGCAAUCAGUAACAGCAGUAGAUUUAAAAGAAGAUGUUAAUAGUCAUUGGUAUGUAAAAUCCAAAAUAAAAAAAACUUGUGAACGAGGUGAACCUAUAAAAUGUGGUGAUAUUAUACGUUUGGAACAUUUAACAACGAAAAAAAAUUUGCACUCGCAUUAUUUUUCAUCACCACUAGCUGGGGAACAAGAAGUCUCCUGUUACGGUGAUGAUGGAGAAGGUGACACUGGUGACCAUUGGGAAGUUAUAUGCUCUGGUGAUAAUUGGGAACGUGUAACACCAAUUCAGUUAAGACAUACGGACACUGGUGCAUAUUUGGGUAUAACUGGGAGGACAUUUGGUCGACCAAUAAGUGGUCAAAUGGAAGUAGCAGGUUUUAGUGGACCUACACGUGGCACAAGAUGGGUAACACAAGAAGGUUUAUAUAUAAUGCCAAAAGAAACCAAAGAUGAAAUCAGACAUGACGAAUUUUGAUUAGCAUAAAUAAUUUUUCUUUGUGAUUUAUAAAAAGAAUAUUUUGUGCCCGAUGUGCUCACCUAAUUAGUUUUAUAAUUAUUUUGUUUUUAAUAUAAUUUAGUAAAAUACAACUUUAAUGAAAAAAAAAAAGAUAAUUUUUGUAAAUAAUUACAAGAUGAAGUCCUUUUUAUGAUUCAAUUGUACAAAUAGAUUUUUAAAGAGGCUCUUAUAAAAAAAGCUCGCACGUGUGAGAAAUAAAUUUGGUAAAAAUGUA